AGCCACAGAUAUCUAGUUUCCCAUCACGAUAAUAUGUUUUAUGUGAAAAUACUUUUCGAACUCACUCUCACAAUGCCCUCUCCCCACUUCCCACCUUCCUCCACAUGAUAUACAAAGUACAAAACCAGGCUCAUUUAUUCUUCUUUUCCAAUAAACGAGUCUUCGCGGUAACGUCGUUCACUGUAAUGUCGUUUUUUGUAUUCGCGGUAAUGUCGUUCGCGGUAUUGUCUCGCGGUAAUGUCGUGUCACGAUCGGAAGAUCAUAUUUCGUUAAACUAUUUUAAACACAGAAAACCACUAGUACAAUUAGCAUUGUAGAUUUGAACAUUUUUUGUUUAAAUUAAACAAAGUUUACCGUUAAAUUCACAAGACUAUUGUCUACUAAGAAAUAUGAAUAAGUUUAAGGGUACCCUCAUCCCCCUCUUUUUUCACCUUGUUGCCAAAAGCGGAGCACACGUCCGACUGAGCUCCAAUUAAUAGCAGAAAUAGAACAUCGAAAACGAAAAUCGAUUUAUUUUUGCCCAGAAUUUUCUGAGAAGUUCUUAUAUGGAUUUUCUGGAAAAUUCCAGUUUUCAUCGGAUCACAUUACGACCCCUCGAAAAAAGGAUCCGAUCGAGUUCGGAUUUUUACCACAGAUACUUCAGACGCUACGAUAUACUUAUAGUGAUAUAUGUAGAUAUACGAAAAAUGCUGAAAGCCAGUGAAAAAAAUCCUUCUCAAGAUAUACAAAAAAUGCUGAAAAUCACGCAAAAAAAGUCAGAUUUUUCAGUUUUUUUCACUGACUUUCAGCAUUUUUCGUAUAUCUCGAGAAGGAGAGUAUGUCUUUUGGAAAAAAAGAUUUGAAUUCUGAGAUAGGGUCUGAAGUAUCUGUGGUAAAAAUCCGAACUCGAUCGGACCCUUUUUUCGAGGGAUCGUAAUGUGAUCCGAUGAAAACUGGAGUUUUCCAGAAAAUCUAUAUAAGAACUUCUCAAAAAAUUCUGGGCAAAAAUAAAUCGAUUUUCAUUUUCGAUGUUCUAUUUCUGCUAUUAAUUUGAGCUCAAUCGGAGGUGUGCUCCGCUUUAGGCAACAAGGUGAAAAAAGAGGGGGGGGUUCCCUUAAGGCUACAACGUGGAACGUUACAAUGGAUCUAAUAUAAGUCGACGGUGUAUCUAGACGCAAUGACACUUUUGCAGAGUUCCACUGUGGUAACCUUAAGUUUUUUCUCAUUUCUUAGUAUACUUUAAGAGUGCAUACAUGAGCUGCAGUGGAAUCUUACCCAAGCAUGAAAUUUCAUAAGAAAUAAGCUAGCUGUUCUUGCUGAAGCAGCGCCCACUUCUCCACUGACUGCCGCUAGCGAAAUGAGUAAAAGUUAGCGGGUGAAGCUAGCGGCCCCCGCUAAUCCGCUUCAGUACUAGUUGCAGCUGGUAUAUAUAAAAUGAAAAAAUUGAACGGAAGAAAACGAAAAAGAAGUUUCUACAUAGAUUCGAACUCUUCAAUCUCAAAUAUAUGUAUUACUUUCUGUUCUGAUGAACUAGUAGCGGUUCCAAAAUGUAACGCAGGUGGUUACUUUUUGAAUAACUAUUGAUAGGAACGACAUAGAGACCUGUGGUUUUCGCUGUUCCAUAGGCAAGACUUGAACGGAGCUUUUCAUAAGCGGCUUUUUUGUGAAAAACCGGUUUUUCUGUGUUACUGGCAAAAAUUAAAAUUCUUAUAUCUUGGUCAAAUCUCAUGCUGACUCAAGGAAAAAGUCACGUUGCUGACUCAAAAAAAGACUUAAGAGGUGCCAUAUAUUGUUGAUCAAGCCGAAAAAGUGGUCCAGCAGAACACUGAUACUUUGAGAUUUUUCAGAAGGUUUCUGGAAAAUCCUAAACUAAUGCCCGGCUGAAAUUCACCUUUUUCGUCUUCGAUUAUGAUUUAUGAGCUGUCCUGAGCGUUUCCUGAAAAUUUCCUUGUGUCAACAUGAGAUUUGACCAAGAUAUAAGGAAUUUAAUUUUUGCUAGUAACAGGUUUUUCACAAAAAAGCCUCUGACGAAGUUAUUUUAAUUAAAAACAAAUAUUGCCACUAUGCUUAGCGUAGUCGAUUAGCUAUAGUCCAUGGCAUUUCAAGCUUCCCAGAAAUGUCUGCUCGCAGAUAGACAUGUGCUCGGGGAAAGAGCCCGGUCCAAACGAUGAUAGUUGGGGAGUUGUGAGUUGCAUAAUUUUGUAGAGCAACGUCCGGACUACCUACGCAUGCAAAAAAUUACUAACAUUGUAUGUUAGUUUUCGGAGAAUGAAGCUAGUUUUCCGAAGAUCCUCUGGUAACCCGGUCUUUAAAACUUUUUCAAAAAUUGUUUCCGCUUAUGAAAAGCUUUGUUCAAGCCUUGGCUAUCGAACAGCGAAAACCUCAGGUUUCUAUGGCAUUCCUGUCAAUAGUUAUUCGAAAGCAACCACCUGCGUUGUAUUUUGGAACCGAUAGUAGUGGAUUGAACUUCAACUUUAAUUAGAUUAUUAUAAUUAGGAUUAUUCACCAUGAAGAAAGCAUUUCUCAGAGUUUAAUGUAGAGACAAUAAUACAGAAAAUUCAGUUUCCAAUACUUUAUUCGAUACGUACAAUGUUCGAGAACGCUUUCUUCAUACUAAAAGAUCAAAAAUAAAUAAAAAAAUCGCAUUUUUACCCUAAAAGAAGUUUUUUCUACACUCGUACCAAAAAGGAGAAAAUAUUGAAAAUUAAAUUUUACACACUAUUGUUUCUAGGUUCAACUCUAAGAGAUGCUUCCUUCGUGGAAAACUAAGUUACUGUAUGCAAUUUCUUAGCUAAUUCGUUACUAGCUGAAGCGGUCGCUAUAGCGCCGGUUCUAUGGUGUGUACGUUUAUGCAGCUGGUUGCAACAGGUAUCGAAACUAGCAUAGCUAACUGUGGCACCCGCUUCAAUAUGGUUACAUUUUUUAUAGCUAGCUGUAGUGGGCGCUACUAGCUUGUUUUUUCAUGCUUGGGCAGUAUUUAACACUCAAAAAUUGACUGAAUACUCAAGUGCUGAGGACUAACACCUUUUAUCCUCAUGGUCUAACAAACUCAGACGUAGAUAAUGAGUUGGACUACCUACUUCAAGCACUGAUUUGCGUAGCAGAAAAAAACUGAGAAUAAUACGCUAAUAAUUUAGCCGAUUUUUUAUUAAUACUCAAUUUUUUUUUAUCGCUCUUCAGUUUUUAUACGGAUGCAUAUGAUUUAUUUUUUCUUAGAGAUAUGUUGAUUCUUCUGUUUCUCUGAGGUUUCGCGUUGUAAUGAAUAUGAUUUAUGUGAAAAAAAAAUUGUUUUGAGGAUAUUUAUUUACUAUAAACGUACACAUUUAAAAACAUGUGAAUUUUUUAACAGUAAAACGAAAGGGAAUAUAUUAAUAUACCAACAUUAUUGAUUUCAUAGCUAUCAACAGAUAUAUAUAUAUAUUGUUAAAUGUCCUCGUUUGAGAAUUUGUCUGACGAUGUUUUAAUGUUAGUAUUCGAACGAAUUGAUGUCUAUAAUCUCUUUUGUUCGUUUUACAAUCUGAACCAUCGUAUUAAUAGUAUUCUUACCGACAAUCGCUUAAAACUUUAUCUAAACACACGAACAGUCGGCCUGGACAUUUAUUUUCGCAAUGUGAUACUAAAGACGAUUAUCGGUGAUCAACUUGUCUCGUUAAGAAUGGCGUUUUAUUCCAAUUUUUAUGCGCUUAACCUCACAAAAUUUGGCUUAUCUAUUCGUUCAUUGACCAUUGAUCAUUGUCAUGCUAAAGAUUUACUGGGUAUUGCAGAAAAUAUGCCUAAUAUUCGUUCCUUCAAUAUAUUGAGUUUAGAUGGCAAAGUUGAUGUGAAAUCAGAUACCACCAUAUGCACUGAAAUGCGUUGGGUGAAAAUAUAUGCACUCAAUGUAUCGUUAAAAACGCUUGAGCAAGUUCAAAAAUUGAUGCCCUACGUUGAAACAUUAUCUAUCACCACUCGACUACCUGAUGAUUAUUUGGUAUUCUAUCAGUUUUGGAAAGAACUAAUAUCAACGUUACUUUUAAACUUGAAUACCUUUGAAUUAAACAUAAUGGCCCUUUAUAGUCAUCAACGAACUGCUAUUAUGGAAGAGUUUGAGAAAGAUGAUUAUUGGUUAUCAAGCCAUGUCAAACUCAAUGUUAAAGUACAGAAUUUACAAGAAAAACCCUAG